CCGCUCGCCCGCCCGCCCGCCGUCCUGGGAAGUCUCGCGAUGCCGUAGCCCGGUGCUCCCGCUGCGGGAGGCGCAGGCUGUUGCUGUGGUUGCCUGAGUUGCUGCUGCGGCGGCGGCGGCAGUGCUGGUGGAGGUGUCGGCUCUUGGGCGGAUGUUGACAUUGUGUUGUUGUUAUUGCUGACGGUAAUGGCGGCGGCGACGGCCGGGACCCCGUCUCCUCUGUAGCCGACGCCGAGACAGCCCAGAGUGAACUCCGCGGCCUCGGAGCCCGCGGCAGCGACUCCCCUCAGCCUCCGCCGCCUUGCCAGCCCGUAUCCCGGCCUCAGCCCCUGGACAGGCCCCUUCGGGCAGGGGGCCUCGGAGGCUCAGGAUGGCGGAUUUCGACGAGAUCUAUGAGGAGGAGGAGGACGAGGAGCGGGCCUUGGAGGAGCAGCUGCUCAAGUACUCGCCGGACCCGGUGGUGGUCCGCGGCUCCGGUCACGUCACCGUAUUUGGACUGAGCAACAAAUUUGAAUCAGAAUUCCCUUCUUCAUUAACUGGAAAAGUAGCUCCUGAAGAAUUUAAAGCCAGCAUCAACAGAGUUAACAGUUGUCUUAAGAAGAACCUUCCUGUUAAUGUACGUUGGCUACUUUGUGGCUGCCUUUGUUGCUGCUGCACACUAGGUUGCAGUAUGUGGCCAGUUAUUUGCCUCAGUAAAAGAACACGAAGAUCGAUUGAGAAGUUAUUAGAAUGGGAAAACAAUAGGUUAUACCACAAGCUGUGCUUGCACUGGAGACUGAGCAAAAGGAAAUGUGAAACGAAUAACAUGAUGGAAUAUGUCAUCCUCAUAGAAUUUUUACCAAAGACACCGAUUUUUCGACCAGAUUAGCAUUUACUUUAUUUAUAGAGACUUUCCAAGUAUGUUGUCUUUCCAAUGGUGCCUUGCUUGGUGCUCUCCUGGUGGUGACAUAACAUUGGUUCUACAGAAUCGUGUGGUGUUUUUUUCCGUUUUUGUUUUUUUAAAUAACCGCAUGUUCUAAGUGUGCAUUUUUGUCAGACUUCGCAACAGUUAUUUCAUACAGAUGUUUAAUACUUAAGUUAUUGUGCUCUUUUAUGUUAUAUAUUCUGAUUUUCAAGGAUUACUUUUUUGUAUUAUCAAAAAAAUACAUUUGAACUUAGCAUAAAAAGUGGCCAGCCUUUUUUAUUUUACCACCAAGGUACACACAGUCCUUUAUUUAUUAAUUCCUUAAUAUAGAAAAAGACCUUUGUAAGGCUCUACUUAUCUAUUCUAGCAAGCACCCUCUUUGUAUUAUUUUUCUUGCUUUUUAAAUUUAUUGUCAUUAUUUUAAAAUAGUAAAUUUUCUUUCAUAGCUUUUUGAACCCUAACAUAUUCUUUCUCAUACAAUUCCUAAUGCUCUGUUUACAGCAGAAAUAUCUGUAACAUUAUGAAGACGUAUCAAAAAGUUUUGAAGGUAUUUCUGUCUUCAAAAGUAGUAAGGCAGGAUUAAAUUAUUUUCAUUAGAAUAGACAAAUCCCUGAAUGGUAUGCAUGCAUCUAAUGGUUACUAGAGCUCAGGAUCACAAAAUAUAGUAGCAUUACAAUCUGUAUAUUUUUGAUCAAGAUGAUAUUAAUAAUGGCCUUAUUUGGGUUAUUUUUUAUUGUUUAUCAAAUCUUGUAUACAAAAGUAUAGAAAUACUCCUUUAAAAAAUUUCUAAGGAAAAUAUUUGUCCCAGUCUAACACAACUGUAGAAUGGAUAUGUGUUUCUGAAAAGUUUUUGAAAGAAAGCAAAAGUUGUAGAAUUAAAUAAAGUAAGCUGGUGUUUAAUACCCCACUAAUAUUUAAAACAGAUUAUUACUAAGAAAUGAAGGGCAUAUUUAGUACUGUUUUAGUCCACUAGUUUGCUUUCAGUCCAGUUAUGUAUACUUUUUUGAUUGAGAGUGUGACAUACAAGUUUGAGUCAGAUCAGUUCGUUUCUUUCAAAUAUGUACAGACAUACACUUUUUUCUCCUUUUGGUUGUACAUAUCUCCAUGCAUUUUAAAACUUUCUAAAUUUCUGAAUGGCCUAUGUAUAAAUUUUUGUUUUUAUAAACCUGAAAUUAUACAAAUUUUGUGUGUGUCAAGAACUUGUUCCGUACAACUGUGGUAUCGAGCAAUAAUGUGAAUAACUUUUGAAAUUAUAUAAACUAUGCUUAAUUUGUAUUAAGAAUUGGUACCACUAUAUAAUACUUUUUUUUCCUUGUAUUAAAUCUUUUAAAUACCAGUUUCAUUAAUUUAUAUACCUGUAUUUUAAAAAAGUAUUUAUUUAUACUUCUCCAAAGUACUAUAAUUCUAUGUAAAUUUGGAUAGUUGAAUGCCAGUAUCUUAUAUCCUAUAUUGGACAUUAGGAACUGUCUUAAAAACCAGGACUUUUUUUUUUUUUUUUUUGGUCUGAGAUUUAUUUGUUUCCUUUGCCUCCCAAAACACUAACUUGAAUUUAUAAAACACUUUUCCUAUGAAAAGCUCAAAGUACAAAGGAUUCAUACACUUCUCACUUUAUUUACCUUGUGUCUUGGGUGUGUCCUAUCACCUUAAAGUAGUGCAAAUUAAAAGGUAAUGCUGUUCGGAAACUCUAGUAUUCCUCUGUGGUUUCCCUGUGACAGAUUAUUGUAUGGAGAACGCUAAUUCUGCCUCAGGAUUCCGAAAGAACAGAAAAAUAUGAUGACUGUGUAGACUAUGCAACACAGUUUUCCAAAUCUAAAAUUUUGUAAAUUUGUAAAGCACCAUAUUCAUCAGCUUUAUAGGAAGAACUAUACCUAUUUAGGCAUAAUUUUUUUCUCCUGUUAUUCUUCUUUAAAUUGUAAUUUUGACAUUAUUAUAUUCCCAUAAGAAUAUUGUAACAGUAAGA